CGCCCCGCCCGCGCCCUGCGCCUCCGCCCGGCCGGCCGGCGGGGGGAGGGGGCAUGAGCCGGUGCCCGCGCACCGCCCCGAGCUGCGGGCCGGCCUAGAGCCCCGCGCGGGCCCCGCGCGCGAGCCGCCACCGCCACCGAGCCGCGGGCGCCGCGAUGCAGCGGCCUGGGGACCCCGGCGCGGCGCGCUUCGGGCCGCCCGAGGGCUGCGCCGACCACCCGCCGCAUCGCUACCGCAGCUUCAUGAUCGAGGAGAUCCUCACCGAGCCGCCGGGGCCCAAGGGCGCCGCGCCCGCCGCCGCCGCCGCCGCCGCGGCGGGCGAGCUGCUCAAGUUCGGCGUGCAGGCGCUGCUGGCCGCGCGGCCCUUCCACAGCCACCUAGCCGUGUUGAAAGCCGAGCAGGCUGCGGUGUUUAAGUUCCCUCUGGCGCCGCUGGGCUGCUCUGGGCUAGGCUCGGCGUUACUGGCAGCAGGGCCUGGACUGCCCGGCGCCCCUGGCACACCACACCUGCCUCUUGAGCUGCAGCUCCGUGGGAAGUUGGAGACGCCGGGCACCGGGGAUCCGGGCGCCAAGGCCAAGAAGGGGCGUCGCAGCCGCACGGUGUUCACGGAGCUGCAGCUGAUGGGCCUAGAGAAACGCUUUGAGAAGCAGAAGUACCUCUCCACGCCGGACAGAAUAGAUCUCGCUGAAUCCCUGGGCCUGAGCCAGUUGCAGGUGAAGACGUGGUACCAGAAUCGGAGGAUGAAGUGGAAGAAAAUAGUGCUGCAGGGCGGCGGCCUGGAGUCUCCCACCAAGCCCAAGGGGCGGCCCAAGAAGAACUCCAUUCCCACGAGCGAACAGCUCACGGAGCAGGAGCGCGCCAAGGAGGCGGAGAAGCCGGCGGAGGCGCCAGGCGAGACCAUCGACAGGAGCCGCGAGGACUGAGCGCCCAAAGCGUCGCCCGAGGCCCCCUCCGCCCGCUGGAAGCCGCGAGCCGGCCCUUCCACGGCCACGCCGUUUGCUUUCUAAACGUUUUAUGAUUACCUUGAAUGCGGACAGUUAGGGGCCAAGCGAGAAAGGACACAGACCCUGCAGCCAAGCCCGGCCCCAGUGCGCUCCCAGCCCUGGCCUGGGGACUCGCGUCCGGCACGGCGGACGGGCGCCUGGGCCCGGGGCUCCGCGCGCAUUCACGCCCCGCUCCUCUCCCGCACCCCCACCCGCCUCGGCCGGCCCUCCGCGUCCUGACGCCACCGGCACACACUCGCUUCCGCCCCGUCGGGGACCCCGCUGCCCGGCUCAGGUCACUAUGGCCCGAUAGGGCGCCCUGACAGCCCGGCGGCUCUACGCUGAGGCCGGGUCCCCCCCGGCGCUGGGGCUCCUACCCCUCUCUUGCGAAGACAGUGAUUUUUUUCCAAUAAAAUAUUUUAUG